AUGACAUCACAUUCAAUCUUAUUACAGAUCGACCUUUCUGAUUUUGAUAGCCAAGAAGAAACCUUGGCAAGCUACUUGGCCAAGGCCAUUGCCACUCGGCCGAAAUCGGUUCAAAACCAAAGCGAAAUCCAAUUAAAUGCGAUAGAUAAACCUAUGAUUUCCUUCAAACGAAGAGACCACAUGACUGUUCAGUCCUACAUAGCCGGUCUGACACUUAUUGAGCCUCAAAGCGAUAUAAAAGCAAAUGCGUACGACAGUUCUAAGUAUGAGACUUUAGCCCAUGCAUUUUGGGCUAUCUACUUAGAAAAAUCUAUCAAUAAUGCUAUCGGUACAUUGGAUGAGAAGACAUCAAGAAACCCCCAAGCCGUUGAAAAAGUAGUUCAAAAUGUUAUUGAUAAGAUAUCUGAUCCCAAGAACACAGAGUUUCGUAAAAAGAUAGAAGCUUUAGAGACUCACAUCCAUUUGGGAGAGUUAGAGUUGAUUGAGUUGGCUGAGAAAGAAAUGGAAAUGUUCGGUCAACAAGUAACUAUUGGUAGCUUAGGAAACCGACAAAUUGAUGUUGCCUUUGAGAACUAUGCUGAUGCUUACUACCAAAUGAAAGUAAUCUUUUACAAUCAGAUUCUCUAUAAUAAUCCAAAAUCUGAUCUGGCUGGUUCGCCUGAACACCAGCAGGCUUUCGCUCAAGUUAGACAGGCGUACUUAACACACUUAUCUACAGCCAGAAACACCUUCCAUGAAACUCUUAACCGGAAUAUAAUGGGUGGAUUCUUGAGUUUAGUGCCAUACCUCAGUAUGUUUAAGCGCUAUAUAAUAGCUGGUUUUAUGAUUAAACAGGUGAUAGCGGUGCAACUUUUGGUUCUAUUUAUCAUCCAGCUUAUCGCUCAGGGAGGUAGCAGUCCGAUGAAUUUACAUCUGGGCAAUGAGAUAGGACCUUUCACGGUGCUAACUGCCUUCUCUAUUUUGGCGUUCAACUUAACCUAUGUGCUUCGCUCUGAUCUGCCAAAUGUACUGAGGUCUUCCAAAGUCUUCAGUACUAGACGCAAGGUUAUGUUGGUGGCUAAAUCACUACUGAUAUUCUUAGGUCCAAUUUUGCUGGGUGCGCUGGGCGCGCUGGCUUGGGUUUUAGUGGUUAAGAGUGUGCCUGCUGAAAAAUUAGCUAAGCUUAGUACUCAACAUCUAACUGUAGGUAAUGAGCUCGUAUGCUAUAUUAUGUUGAUGGUUGGACUGAUUGCUUACUUCAUUUGGACGCAAUUUACUACUGUUCUUAAGUACAAACACUCAAAGAGGAGAAGAUUACAGAUAAUGACGGCUGUGUUAAUGGGAUAUGUAGCCUUCAGAUUGCUUCUAGUUAAUAACUUUGCUGUUGAUCAGUUCCCUAAACUUUAUCAAUAA